GCAAACAGAGCGUUUUUGUGAAACCAGAGGAAGAGGGAGCUAGAGGUUAUUAUUAAGACGACAGGAAGAGGCGAGAAUUGAACGUGUCUGUCUUCGACAGGGUUCUGACUAAAUGCUGGGGUCCUUACAUUGAGGAAGAGUCAGGCUUUGGGAUUGGGUAGCGACCAGAUAGCGUAACACCCCCUCCUCCUCCUCUGUUGAGAAUUGCGUUAAAACGAAAAGGAAAGGCUAGAGCUUUGUCAACAUUACAAGAUUAUUUUUUAUUUUGAUUUUUUUACUCCCUACAGAUUAAACGAGGACUUUUUGCUGGCUGAUGUAGGUGUUUAGAAUGGGACACGCUGAAGGUCCAGUCAAAGAAAAAGACAGUUAAGGAUGCAGGAGCCCAACAAUGGAUUUCUCCUUCUCUUUCAUGCAAGGGAUCAUGGGAAAUACAAUUCAGCAACCCCCUCAGCUCAUUGACUCAGCCAACAUCAGACAGGAAGGCACCUGCGACACCGGCAGUGACCCGGGUGAGGAUGGUGGUCCCUCCUACGAUGCUGCCCUGGAUGCAGAGUUUCCUUACCCAGCGCCAACCUCCGAGGACAUGCCACAGGUCCCAAAUGGCUACCCGCCGGGUCUGGGUAUGUACGAGCCGCAGGCCAAGUUUUCCAUGUACUCGCAGUUCCCCAAUGGCUCAGCUAACGGUUAUGGGGCCAUACGUAGCUAUGGAGAGCACGGCCUCCUUCCGGUGGAGGGGACGGUCCUGAGAGGUCCAGGUCUCCAAGAGAGACCUCUGUCUCCUGUGUCUCCCCCUCUGCCCACCCAUCAUUCUCACCUCCACCACCAUCACCUCCAUCACCAACACCAUACUCACCCCUUCCACUCAAACCCACCGCACAUACAGAGCCACACGCAGCCACAGAGUCCUCCAGCACCGCCGCUACCCUCUCAGCACCACCUGUCCCAGACGCCUCACAUCAUGACCCACAAUCUCCCACCUCCUCCUCCAUUACACUUACCUUCCUCGAGUCCUCCUCCCUCUCUUGUGGACAGUACCCCUUCAUCCCAACCUGCCCACACCCCGUCCAACACUCCUGGUGGGGUGCUGAAGAAAACCAGCUCCCCAGAGAUCAAGCUAAAGAUCAUCAAAACGUAUCAGAAUGGAAAAGAGCUGUUUGAAUCUGCGCUGUGCGGAGAUCUGCUGCAGGAGCUGCAGGAGUCUCAAAAAGAUGAAGCCACUCAGAUGCAGCGCAGACAUGAAAGGAAAAAGGAGAAGAGGAAAAAGAGCGCAAAGCUGCAGAUUCAGGUUCGAGAACAGAACCUGGAUUCAAGCCAGACACAGGCAAGUACGACGGGCCAGACAGAGGACACCCACAUCCACCCCCAGCCAAGAGAAACGCCGCCAGCCCAGUCAGAGAAGCCUCAGAAGACCGUCAUCAAAACUGAACCAAAGACGCCAAAGGUUCCAAAAGUUCAUCAUCCAUCAGUAAUCCAAGAAACAGGCUUCUGUAAAGAGUUUGUAAUUGGAGAUUUGGUGUGGUCUAAGGUGGGCACCUACCCCUGGUGGCCCUGCAUGGUCUCCUCUGACCCCCAGAUGAAGCCGUUUCAGUACCUAAAUGUGAAAAGUUGUCCCUCUCUCUGCGGCUGCACAGGUCACAGGGAAUAUCACGUCCAGUUCUUCGGCAGUGUUGCUGAGCGAGCAUGGAUCCACGAGAAGAGGAUAUUCGUGUACCAGGGGAAGCAACAGUUUGACGAUCUUCAGGCAGAGACGCUGCGCAAAACCACAAACCAGGUUGAGAGGCACAAACUUCUGAAGCCUAUCCCUCAGCGGGAGCGUGCUCAGUGGGAAGUGGGUGUGGGCCAUGCUGAAGACGCCUUCGUGAUGACACGCCAGGAGCGAAUUGACAACUACACUUUCAUUUAUGUUGACCCAGACCCUAACGAAGGUCCCCCAAGCAAGAAACCCAACAUCAGAACUGAGAAACGAAGCCGGCGGUCCAGUGGAUCAGUCAGUAAGAAGGAGGAUGUACCCGUGAAGUCACCAGACAAAGAGCAGCCGCAGCGAAGGCAGCUGCCACGGCGACAGUGCAGCGUUUCAAACACAGAUGACAAUACAAACUCCCAGACCUCAAGUGAAGAGAAGAACCAGAAGGGGGACCCGCGUAAGAUGGUCUCACCGAAACAGAACGCUGUCUGUGAUGAAAAAGGACAGCAGGAUUCGCCGCCUCCUGUCAGAGCCUGGAAAACAGCCGCUGCCAGAAAGCUUCUGCCUCUGUCCAUAACCAUGAAGAGGCUGAAUGUGGAGAUCACAAAGUGUGACUGGCCUCUCCUGCAGAGAAAAAACGCUCCGUCCCCGAAGAAGGAAAAAGAAGAGGAAAAGGAGGAGAGAGUGGAAAGAGAGGCAAGGCAGCCUGACCUAGGAUACUGCUCACCUGAGCAGGAUAGCAGAGCUAAACCAGAGCCCAGUCCUGAAGAAGAGGAGGAUGGGGACGAAGGGGAGGAAGAAGGGGAUGAGAGGAGAAGCUCCCCUGCUAGCCGGAGGAGUGACGAGGGAGGAAAUCAGCAGACCUCUUCCCCAGGAUCACAGCACAGUAGUCCACAAGGUUCUCAGGAGAGGAAGCUGCAGCGGCGGUCGGUCAGGAGCAAGUCUGAGUCAGAGAGAGGCAACGAUCCCGUUCCUAAGAAGAAAACCAAAAAGGAACAGGCUGAGAUGGCUCCAGAGACCACACUGAGGACAGGUUCGCAGAAAGGAGCCAGUGAGAUUUCAGAUGCGUGUAAGCCCUUAAAGAAACGAAGCAGAGCAUCAACAGAUGUGGAGAUGGCUUCAUCACAGUACAGAGACACCUCUGAUUCUGACUCCAGAGGCCUCAGUGACCCACAGGGUUUAUUUGGAAAGAGUCUGGACAGUCCAGCAGCAGCUGAUGCAGAUGCCUCAGAUACUCAGUCGGUGGACUCCGGCUUGUCCCGCCAGGACAGCAGCACCGGCAAGAGAGACACUGUGUGCCAGAUCUGUGAGGUGUACGGAGAGGGUUUAGUGGUGUGUGAGGGAGACUGCAGCAGACAGUUUCACCUGGAGUGUCUUGGUCUAUCUUCCCCACCUGAAGGCAGAUACACCUGCUUGGAAUGUAGAAAUGGCAGUCAUCCUUGUUUUAGCUGUAAAACUGUGGGUCGGGAGGUGACUCGCUGUUCUGUGUCUGGAUGUGGGUGUUACUACCACGAGGACUGUGUCCAGAAACUCCCAGGUACCACCAACAGUCCUGGUGGAGGCUUCUGCUGCCCCCAGCACAGCUGCUCAGCCUGCUGCCUGGAGAGAGACCUCCAACGAGCCAGUAAAGGUCGUCUGAUUCGUUGCAUCCGCUGUCCGUUGGCCUAUCACACCGGCGACAGCUGCAUGGCGGCAGGCAGCGUCAUCCUCACCCAUCACAUCAUGAUCUGCAGCAACCACGGCAGCGUCAAAAGAAACGGCCUCGUCACCUCCCCUGUCAACGUGGGAUGGUGCUUUCUGUGCGCCAGAGGGCUGUUAGUGCAAGACCUUACUGACACCAUAUUAAGUUCAUAUGCCUAUAAGUCCCACUACCUUCUGACUGAGUCAAAUCGUGCUGAGUUGAAAUUACCUAUGAUUCCCUCUCCUUCGUCAGCUACCAAAAAGAAUGUUGGGAAAGGAGGCAAGUUGCUGUGCUGCGACUCAUGCCCAGCUUCCUUCCACCCGGAGUGUCUGGAGAUGGAGAUGCCCGAGGGCGCGUGGUCCUGCAAUGAUUGCAGGGCAGGGAAGAAACCCCACUACAAACAAAUUGUCUGGGUCAAACUGGGCAACUACAGGUGGUGGCCAGCGGAGAUCUGCAACCCUCGCUCUGUGCCAUCAAACAUUCAGAGUCUUCGCCACGAUAUUGGGGACUUCCCUGUCUUUUUCUUUGGCUCCCACGACUACUACUGGAUCAACCAGGGCCGGGUCUUCCCCUACGUGGAGAAUGACAAGAACUUUGUCACGGGUCAGAUCAACAUCAACAAAACCUUCAAAAAAGCACUGGAAGAAGCAGCUCGGCGGUUUCAGGAGCUUAAGGCUCAAAGGGAGAGCAGGGAGGCUCUGGAACAGGAACGCAACUCUCGCAAACCUCCACCUUAUAAAUUCAUCAAGUCUAACAAGCCAGUGGGUAAAGUGCAGAUGCAUGUGGCCGACUUGUCAGAAAUCCCACGAUGUAACUGCAGACCAACAGAUGAACAUCCUUGCAGCCUCGAUUCCCAGUGUCUCAACCGCAUGCUGCAGUACGAGUGUCAUCCACAGGUGUGUCCUGCAGGAGACAACUGUCAGAACCAGUGUUUUUCCAAACGGCUGUACGCAGAAACUGAGGUGAUAAAGACAGAGGGGCGUGGCUGGGGCCUCAGGACAAACCAAGCACUCAGGAAGGGUGACUUUGUGACUGAGUAUGUGGGAGAAGUAAUAGACUCAGAGGAGUGCCAGCAACGAAUCAAACACGCCCAUGAAAAUCACUUGACCAACUUCUACAUGCUCACACUCACCAAGGAUCGUGUGAUAGAUGCAGGCCAAAAAGGAAACUCGGCUCGUUUUAUGAACCACAGCUGUAGCCCAAACUGUGAAACCCAGAGGUGGACGGUAAACGGAGACAUUCGCAUCGGACUCUUUGCUCUCUGUGAUAUUGAGGCUGGCACAGAGCUGACAUUCAAUUACAACUUACACUGUGUGGGCAACAGGAGAAUGUCCUGUCACUGUGGGUCUGACAACUGCUCCGGAUUCCUUGGGGUGCAGCCGACGAGUGCUGUGGUGCUGGAGAAAGAGGAGAAGGCCAGGAACGCCAAGCUGAAGCAGAAGAAGCGGAAGCUGAGGCCGGAGGGCAAACACACACACGAGUUGUUUUGUUUUUGCUGUGGAGAAGGAGGAGAACUGGUGAUGUGUGACAGGAAGGAAUGUCCAAAAGCAUAUCACCUGCUAUGUCUCAACCUCACCAAACCACCAUACGGACGCUGGGAAUGUCCGUGGCACGACUGCAGUGUAUGCGGGGCCCCAGCCUCAUCUCUCUGUGACUUUUGUCCCCGCGCGUUCUGCAGGGAUCAUGAGGCAGGGGCGCUCACAGCUUCCUCUAUGGACGGCCGCCCCUGUUGCUCCAGCCACAACCCGCUCAGUCCACUUGGCUCCAGCUCCAGUUUGACCCAGCACCGCCACUCUGCUCUGAGCCCCAUCAGAGUCAAAGAGGAGCUGGAGGCAGGCCAGCUGACCACAGAGUGAUGCCACAACUCCCACAAUACCUCAUUCCCCACUCUGGAGUGCGCUCUGACCUGCAGCAGUGCACUCUAGAGGGGAAUACAGUGCUUUCUGACCAAUGUGAUGGCUACUAUUCAGAGCCGCAACAUGCUGAUUAACACUUGAGUGCUGUUUGCGGUGAGAGCAGAGUGACUGAAGUGACAGAGGAGGUGACGAUGCAUAAUUGUGCCGUUUUCUCUUCUCUUGCCAUAAAACGCCACCACUCACACUCUGCAGCCUGCCUGCACCUAUCGAAGCUCCUAGACCACCACCGCAUUGUGUUUGUUUUCUUUAUAUUUGUUUUUAUUUGUUUUGUUUUUUUUCACAGCUGUGGAAUCCAUAAGUGUUGUCACAUCGUCAGUUUUGGCACUUUGAAGAACUCAGUGAAUGAGUGAGGGGUAGAGAGAGGACGAGGACAACAAGGAAAAGUCCUCUCCUUGUUUAUCUGCUGUAAACUGUGGUCAGCAUCUCACAUCAUGAUGGAGAGCAGCCAGCUUUUCUUCAUCGCCUGUGAAACGUUCUGUCAUCCUACUUAACUCCUCUUGUAGAAAAGGAACCAGGAAAUGACUGAUUUUGUGCAAUUCUUUUUUUUUUCAGGACCACACUACAUUCCAACCUUCCUUAAACAUGGUUUUAAUAUACUUAUGGGUAUAGAUGAAUAUAAUUAUAUACAGUAUCUAUGUUUGUUAAUGUUUACAGACAGAUUCUCUCCCGUCAUCCCGGUGAGUGGUGUAUUACGUUUGUUUGUUUAGGUGUUGAACAUUACACAGACUUCUUUGUGAAAAUAGUCCUAUUAAGGUGAAAAUAUAAUGGUAUAUAGUGUAAUGGUAUGACAUUACGAAGUACUUGUGAUUUCAUAUUACCAGUCUCACUCGCCAUUGUGUACAUAAUUUGCUCACAAUAUUGUAAGUACUUAAAGAUCAGGAGGGACAGAGCCUCGUCUCUCUUGUUGCUCCUGGAAGAAGGAAAAGCUUUUGUAAACUAGACGGAUUCUUGACGUUUUCUUAUUUGAGUUACACUCUCACAUGUCCUCCAAGUAGUUCCUGUUAUCUGUUUAGUAGAGGGAGGGGCCCAGCUUGUGAUCACUGGUGCUGUCUUAAAGUAUUGUUGAUAAGCCUUAAGUUUGAUUCUUUUUAGUUUGGCUGUAGACCAUUUCAGUAAUUUCAUGUCACUCGUGUACUGUGACGGUUAUGUUUGUUUUUUUGGAAGGUUUUUGUUUUGCCAAACUUCUCUGAAUAGCACUUUCACUCGGCUCUACACGAUUUAGCUAGGGCAAAUAUACAGAAAUGUAUAUUCAAAGAACAUAUGACAAGUGUUUGAAAACCGAUACCUCUUCUUGUAACAUUGGAAUUUAAACUGUCUUUUUUUUUGCCUUUCAGUCAGAAAUGUGGUAAAUGCUGGGUCUUUUUUUUUAUUUUUUUUUUAUUUUUUUGGCCAUGAGAAAAAAAAAAGGCCUAAUUUGUGUUUGUUUUUGUUUGGCAAGUAGAAAUGACUGCUGUCCCAGCACCGUACAACGUGGUCCUUGGUGCCCUCUAGGGGGCGAUUUGUCUGUUUCCACCUGCAGUAGAAAAUCCUCAAGGCUGGGCUUUAUGUAAAAAAUAAUGAUCUAACAACAGUCCAGUAUAAUGUACAAACACAAACUUCUGUACAGUGUUUUUAAUCGCUCAUCUGUCAAAUCUAAAUUUUUUGUAUUUAUUGCACCAUAUUUUAUACUGAUUUCUUUUUCAAACACCAGUGCAGUAAUUUGUUUCCCUCCUCACCAAGGUGCAAGCAAAAUAGACAAUUGAGAGAAGAGAAAAAAAAAAAAACAUGGGGAAUUUUACAUAAUAUGCCUGUAUUUAGUCCUUUUCUUACAUUUGGUGUAAUGAU